AAACUAAAUCACAUGAUGCCGCUUAGCCGCUAAUUCAAAUUAAUUUUAGGUUAUAUUUAUCGUUGUGAGUCAAGUACAUUCUGAUUGAUUUUGCAAAUAGAAUAAGCAUUUUAAACAAUACUUAUUACCUAUUUAUGACUUGAAAAUGACUGAAUAUCCUUUAAGCUAUAGGGAAGUUAUUCCUGAACAAACAGGAUCAGAAAUAUGGCGAGAAAUCACUUUAAACACAGGGGGAACUCAAAGUAUUUUACAAGAUAUAAAGUUGGUUGACAAAGCUAAUGGAUUUUGUUAUAAGGACUCUUCAAAGCACUUCACAAGAAAUCGAUUCAUUUACUGGCGUGUUAGUAAUGAUACGGUAGAAUUUGUUGAACAUAGUUUAGACAUCAACCUAUCCAACAAUCGUGUUAGGUACAAAUUCGUUGAUACCCCAGUGUUGGAUGGAAUUUCUAUCCAUGAAACAGGAGAUUGUGUGAUAAUUUUAGUGCCAACAGUUUGUAGUAUUCAUCAGUUAAGGUUUCCACAUCCAAGACGAUUACACAAAUCAGAUGAACUGCUUGGAAUUCAUUCUGAUGUGUCAGCUCCUUCGAUUUUUGCAGAUGCCAAUGAAGCAGAUGCUAGAAGACCAUCAUCCUACUUCAUAUUCACCCCACCAAGCUCAGUAAAUUCUCAAUUACCCUAUUUAGCAUCUUCAACAUAUUCCCCAUAUUUAGAAGAAAGCAUUUUUGUUCUUGCUUAUCCAUCUGGCGAAACUAUUGUCAUUCACCAAACUAAAGACUUACAAAACUACAUAUCAGAGCUCAAAAAUGAAUCUAUAGUACCUCGUUUUCUAUCAGGAUUGGCCGAAAAAUUCAGGCAAAGGACUAAUGAUGGUGAUAAAGUAGUUAGUCUAGUCCUUCAUUCUGUUGGAGUAGAAACUUAUGCAAUUACUCUUACUAGAGAUGGCCAUUUGAAAUUUUGGUCAUGUUCAAAAGUUCAAUGCAUUUCAGUUAUAAAUAUUUUAUCGGAAACAGGAGAUUAUUCUACAAACUCUCAACAAGGAACCCAGAAUCAUGUGCUGAGGAAAGCUGUAGACAGUGUUGAUAAGAACUGUUUAUUAGCCAUAUUUUUGUCAAAUCAAAAUCAAUUUCAUAUAAUAAAACCAUUGUUUUUCGAUGACCAGAUAAGGGUUAACAGGAUCCAUAGUCUGUAUGCACCAGAAAAUGAUUUGAUAGACAUGAGUUUAACAAUGUCUCGAAUAUGGUCAGUUUGGCGUAGUGAAGAAGGUGAUUGUAAAGUAUACAGCACAUGUUUACAACAAGGAGAAAAUGAUGUAAGAGAUUGGACUCCUAUAAUAUUAGAAGAACUACCUGAAAAUCAACCUCCAAUGCUAGAUAGUGAAUCAGACCCUAGUCAAGUAUAUUUACAAUACAUUUUUCAUCCAGGUAGAUUUCCACUUCAUGUUAUUAAUAAGGCAUUAAACACCUACAAAAGAUCCACAAUAAUGUCGGAUAUCAAUCUCUCUCCAGCGAUGUUGAAGGAAAAAAUCACUUUCGCUGUUCACAAUGAAAUACAAAAAGAAUUGAAAGAAACAGAAGUAGGGUAUGAAGAAUUUUUGCAAUCUGCUUGUUGGUGUUGGGAAAGAUUUUACUCAUGUUGUGAACAGUAUCAUGCUGCCAGUUUGAAACCACUGGGUAUUCUUCUUCUUCCUGGCGUUUCUGGUGCUGUUUUUCUGAAAAAAUCUGCAUUUUCGUUCUUCCGUCCACUAGACACCCUUGAAUAUAUGCUCCUUUGCAGUGAUUCUAUGUCAGAAUACCAAUUUUUGCAACAAGAUGGUAUUUCAGAAGACGUCAAUCUUAUACCCGAUAUGAUGACUAUUUUGGAAGUUAUAGUUUACCUCAACUCUCAAAUGAGCGAAGUGUUUGGUUAUACCUUUGAGAAAGAACUCCACAACUUAAGAUUUCCAGAUGUGGUUAUGGAAGAACUAUUGGACAACAUACAAUCAGAAAUCGAUAAUGAGUUCACUAGUCAUGUAUCUCAUAUGCUUAGUAAAUGUAAGGAUCUCCACCAGGCGAUGCACAAACUUUUAGAAUUAGUAAGAGAUGCACAUAAGGUCCCAGAAGGAGAUGAUCAAAAAUGCAACAACAGCCUUGCUUAUUUGUUCACUUCACAACUCGGUGUUUCUAUGGUGAAUCAGAGUCUUCGUCAACAAGCACAAACAAGAUUUAACAUUUGCCGAAACCUCCUAUUGAUUAGUAAUAUUCUUUUGAAGAAACAGGAUUUGCGCUGGGAGGUCCUUGAAUCCAUAAGAUCAGUUUGUUCACCUGACAUAGUAGUCUUAACUCAAGCAAGCUACGUGAUGUACUGGUUGAGCAGCCUUCCUGCGUUACCUGUUUUAUCACAUGAAUCCAUUACAAAAAGACUGGCCCCAUUGAAACUGAAUCCUGUUUUCAACAUACGAAAUCACAAUAAUCAUGUGGUUUCUGUUUUGUCUUUAUUUAUUGGCUCUUCUGGAGGUCAAGAAGCCCAUAAAAGGUUUUGGCAGCUGAAAGAUCAUGAUGGAAUUCAACAUUGGCAUUAUUCUCUUUUGCCAUACUUGAGCCAACUUUUUCAUACAAUAUGGCCUGUGAGUAAGUCUUCAUUGCUAGCAGAAUGGUUGCUUAGCAGUGGGCAGCAUGUGUGGCUUCAAGAGUAUGUUAGGUUGUUGAGAAGGUGGUGUGAAUGGAACAAUUGCACAAGAAAUUUUCUACUUGCUUGUUCUUAUUUACUGACAAGUGAAAAUUAUAAAGCAAGGGAGUUAUUUGAAUUAGCUUCCAAAGGUAUAUUCACAGAUUCUUUUCUGGUAAGCAGAAUCUUACGAAAUAGUAGUGAUGGUGGUUCGAUAAAAGCUUUGGUGACUUAUUAUUUGAAGGUUAUUCAACUCUUUGAACUUAACAAUGCCGAUGAUUAUGCUAUUCACAUUGCCAAUACAGCCCUCACUAUAGUAGGUCCAGAGGAUCAUCUGGCUGCUACUUUGUAUUCAAUAAAAUUCAAACAUCAUCUUAAAUUGAAACAUUAUUCAUUAGCUUACGAUGCUUUGAAUUCAAACCCAGAUGAAGAACGAAAGAGAGAUAACCUAAGGGACUUGGUAAAAUGUCUCCUUGAUAGUAGGGAACUGAAUACUUUAAUGAAUUUCAACUAUGGAGAUUUGGAAGAAUUAUUCCAUGAAAUUUUGCUAUCUAGAGCGAGAGCUAUUGAUGUUGUUGAAAAUAUAUUUUAUGACUUCUUAUAUUCUUAUCAUGUGAAAAGAGGGCCUCCAUAUUUCUUCAGAGCUGGCUCAAUAAUGUAUGAGCAGGCAUUUAGGUUGAGUUAUAAUAAUUGUAUUGAGGCUCUAGAAAAGCAGGUCAAAUGUUACUUAGCCUCUUUAAAUAUACUGCGUUUGUGUAAUAAAGAGAAAACAUUGGUAUCAAGACCCAAGGAUACCACGGAAGAUGAACUUUCUCUUUUACCUUCUCAAUUGAGGUCAACUUUGGAUCAAAGUAGAAUAUCAUCAAAAAGUCAGAUGGAGUUAGUUAGUUUAGAUGACAUCAAAAGGGAAUAUGAUUUUGCCUGUGCCAAAUUGAAGCUAGCUAAAUAUUGCCCCCAGGUGUAUGAUAAUUUUGCAGUUACCAAUCCCAGUGAGCUUUUGGUUGCUCUCGUUUCUUGUGGACUGUAUCAAGUUGGAUUGAAUCUUUGCAAGAGCCUUGACCUGCCUUAUGACUUGGUAUUUGAUCACCUCACUGGUCAGUGUAUAGUUCUUACUGAAGAUGAAAACACUGAUAUCCAUCAUUGGAAUUGGAUUAUAAAGAAUGACACACAAGACCUAUUGAUCAACAACAACAAUCCAGCUGAUGUGGCUUGGUUGUUCCUUCAACAGUUGCUAGAAGAAUAUGAGGAACCUGGACUAACAGUUUUACAUAAAGUUGUGUGCAAGAAAAUUAUCCAAAUGGGUGCUUUUAUUCCCCAUUGGCUUUAUUCGUCUUACAAGAUCCGCAAUGCAGCAGAGCUUUUGAGACUCUUACAUGCUACUGGAAGACUAGAAGAAGCGAUAGAUGUUGCUAGUAAAUAUAUGCUGGCAAUAAUGGGACAUGGGAAAGAGUAUUAUGGUCUGAAAGCCUCGAUGAGUCCAACUGGUGAAGUGAUGUAUUGCCCGGUUGGAGCCAUCAACAACCUCAUUCUUGAAUUAGAAUUACAGAUCGAAAACAAUAAUGAAGACUUCACAAAGGAUUAUGAAUUACUCAAAGAACUAUUCAGUAAAUACUUGGAAACGUCGAUAAGAAUUUCAAAUGAAUUGUGUAGAUAUAGAGUGGCUGUUAUAAAUAAAAUUUGAAAUAAUUUUUUUUAAAUUAAACAAUAUGUAAUCUUAUUCUUCCUUGAAUAAAUUGAUUUUUUUUAUAAA